CGUCCCCAAUUGAGCACGACAGAUGCGUGAGUGGAAGAUAGCUGCGAGAUGCGGAGGAGCGCAGUUGAGCGGAGCAAAGAAGCCUGCACUUUGACCGCGUGAUAAGCGCAGAUGCCUACGCCUCUUGUCUUCCAUCACACCCAUCACUUCCAUCACUUGGCCGCAGUCUCUAUCGCGCAGUCCGCACCGAUGGCCACAAACGCGAGCUGCAAGCACUUCAGGGAGCUGGGCGUUGAGCAGCGUUCCGGGCUGCUCCACAUUCGCUUCCAGCGGUGCUGGCAACGCCGAACCCUCUACGAGCUGAUGUGCGCCCUGGACCUGGCGAGUGCAGACGCCGCCGUUAGACUGGUGGUGCUCUCGGGCGAGUUCUCCGCGGCAUGUGGCGGUGCGACGGAGCCGCUGGCUCUGAAACAGGGCGUGGAGCAGCGGAGCAGGCGAACGGCUGCCCGGGAGGAAGCUGUGGGCCAUGGGGAUCCCGAGGAGCAGUACAUCCACGAGAAGGCGGCCAACUUUGUGAUGCGCUCGCUGGCCAAGAAGCUGCUUGUGCACAGCAAACUGCUAGUGGCUUUCGUGGAGAACCAGUGCGUCGGCCUGGGCCUGAGCGUGUGCAGCCUGUGCGAUCUGGUCUACGCAACGGAGUCAUCUGCCUUUGUGCCCGCUUUCUCGCACCUGGAUCCCUGCACCAAGGUGGGCCCUCGCUGGACUGUGCCCCACAUCCACUGGCUGCUACGCUUGGGCGAUCAAGCGAGCUCCAGCACUGCCCUCCAGUGUGGCCUAGUGGCUGGUGUGGUGAGGCAGCCGCAGGAGUUUUGGCGCCGCGUGGACCAUUACCUGCUCCUGCCCUCCGCCUCCCUGUUGGCCACGAAGCGCCUCCUGCUGCGCCCCUGGCAGGAAUCCCUCCUCACCGAGCUGCGCGAGGAGGGCACUCCGCUGGCUGCGCAGCGACGUCGCCUGGCCAGAUCCUCGCUGUAGAGCCGUUGCAUCGAUUAAGUGAAUAAAUAGCGUUAGUAAAUAAA